GGGAGGUUCAGCGUAUCAAAGGAAGCUAAAUCCAUGGCUUGUUGCUACUACCUGUCGCUGCUGGCACUGGCUCUGGUCACCCAAGCGGGCGCCGCAGAGCUGAGUGAGGAGUUCUACUCGUGCAGCUGCCCCAAAUUGGCGCCCAUAGUGAAGAAGGGCGUCGCCAAAGCCAUCCAGAAUGAAGCUCGCAUGGGAGCCUCCCUGCUUCGCCUGCAUUUCCACGACUGCUUUGUCAACGGGUGUGAUGCAUCCAUACUGCUGGACGACACUGGCAACAUGAUAGGGGAGAAGACGGCGGCUGCAAACAACAAUUCAGCGAGAGGAUUCAACGUCAUUGAUGCCAUCAAGGCCGAGGUGGAGAAGGCAUGUCCCCGAGUGGUCUCCUGUGCUGACAUCCUUGCCCUCGCUGCUCGUGACUCCGUCGUUCAUUUGGGGGGGCCUUCCUGGGAGGUGCCCUUGGGACGAAGAGACUCAACCACCGCCAGCAGACUCGCCGCCAACAACUCCAUUCCCGCCCCCUUCCUCAGUCUGACCGCUCUUAAAUCCAACUUCGCCGGGCACGGCCUCUCUGUGAAGGACUUGGUGGUUCUAUCAGGUGCGCACACUAUUGGGCUGGCCCGAUGCGUGCAAUUCCGAGCGCACAUCUACAACGACUCCAACAUUGAAGCCUCCUUUGCCAGGUCGCUGCAGAGCAAGUGCCCCAGGAGGGGGAAUGAUAAUGUGCUGGCACCCCUCGACUUCCAGACUCCCACCCAUUUUGACAAUCUCUAUUUCAAGCACCUGCUCAUGAAGAAGGCUCUUCUCCACUCCGACCAGGAGCUCUUCAACGGCAGUUCUUCCACCGACAAUUUGGUCCACAAAUACGCUUCCGACAGUGAUGCCUUCUUCAAGGACUUCGCGAAGUCCAUGAUCAGAAUGAGCAAAAUCAAGCCCCUCACCGGAACCAAGGGCCAGAUCAGAGUCAAUUGCAGAAAAGCCAAUUAAAAUCCACCCCGCACAUCUGUUCAGUCACCCAUCUUUAAUUUCUGUCCGCUAUUAUGUCAGUAGUUUGAUUGUGCCUUCCACUAUAGGGAGACCCAGUUUGUUAAUACCUAAGCUUGUAUUUACGUGUAUAUGCUCGAUUCGUACUCUGUCAUGCUGCUAGUCGUUCCUGUUUACACGUGAUUACCGGAACCCGCAAGCUGUGAUCAUCACUACACACAGCGGCACCGGACGUAAUAAGAUAAGCUCUCUUAACAUCA